UCAACACGCCCCACUAUUGUACUGCCAGAAUAUGCUCUGCUCUCAUGAGCAGUUCGUGACAUCAGGAAUUUAGCUUCUCAACAGGUAGAGACUUGAAUGCUCUAGCAGAGGAGGUUCUUUUGUCUUCAGGUCUGAGCAGCUUUAAAAAUGCUCUGCUUUGGCAGAACAGACGUUCACAGUUGUGUCGUCUACUUGCAUUAGAAAUCGCUUUGGACCCGGAAUCAAAAUUCUGAGAAUAUGAACAACUCCACACAGCCAACACCGGACACCAUCGACACAAACUGUCAGGAGAACGUCGACAAAAAUCGAGCGCUGUAUAUUUUCUACUCUUCUGUGGUAGUGCUGGAGUUUAUAUUGGGUCUCCUGCUGAACAUUACAGUUAUCCAUCUCUUCAUCUUCAAGCUCAAGUUCUGGAAAUCUAAGACCAUUGACAUUUUCCUGUUCAAUCUGGUCCUGGCUGACAUUUUGUUGCUGAUUGGAUUGCCCGUAAAGGCGUAUAACUUUCAGCAAUGCAGUGAAGAGAAAGUAGUGUGCAAAGUACAGCUCUUUCUGCAGUUUAUCAACCGAGGAGCCAGCAUCGCCUUCCUGACAGUCAUCUCCAUUUAUCGAUAUUUUAGCGUGGUCCAUCCUGGGAAGAGAAAAGUUCUGAGGAUUUUGAAACUAUCGCCUCAGAUUUCUGUAUUCAUCUGGGUGCUGCUGGGAAUUUUGACCAUUCCGGCCAUGUUGCAAAGUUUUAUCAGAUGCAACAGCAGUGAAAAAGAUGAACUCACCACCAUUGUUCUACUGAGGGAAAUUGUUUUUUUUACUCAGAUUUUCAUCCCCUUUUUUGUUCUUGUGUACUGCUCUAUACGGAUUAUCAAAAGACUCAAACAGAAGUCGGUGGGCGACAAGACUAAACUCUGGAGAGCGAUGUUCCUCGUCACUUCAGUGGUUCUCGUCUUUGCUGUCUGCUUCUUGCCAUAUGCCUUUACAAGAGUGGUGCAACUAAAGAUCAGUGGGCUUGUGAUGAAAGAGGAAAAAGUUACUGUGGUUAAACUGUUCGAUGGGCUUCUUUGUCUCUCUUAUCUAAACUGUCUCCUGGAUCCGAUCCUGUACUGCCUGAGCAGCAGUAAAUUUAAGAAGCUGUAUAUAUCAAUGUAUCUUCCCUUUCUGCUGGAGAAGGAGCAACCGGAAAGUUCAGAAGAUACCGCAGAUGACUGAACUAAGU